UUGAGGUUUCUAGUCAAUUUUUAGGGUCUAUGUCUGUUUUAUUCCAUUUCCACACUGCACAUUUGGUUAUAAAUAGUCAUUUUCUCUUAUGUGUUUUCUUCAUCGUAUCACAUCUUCUCAGAUUUUGCUAUAAGGUGGAUUGUUUAGUGUAGUUUCUCAAGAAAACACAAAAUGAGCAACUAUUCACAUAAUACCAUGGGCUCAGGUAGUAGAACUGCAAGGACAUUUGAAUUCGGAAGGACACAUGUGGUUCGACCGAAAGGGAAACACCAGGCUACCAUAGUAUGGCUUCAUGGGCUCGGCGACAAUGGCUCAACCUGGUCCCAACUCUUGGAAAGUCUUCCUCUUCCAAAUAUAAAAUGGAUUUGCCCGACUGCUCCGACUCGUCCCGUGGCUUUACUAGGGGGAUUUCCUUGCACUGCAUGGUUCGAUGUCGGUGAGUUGUCAGCAGAUGGUCCAGAUGAUUGGGAGGGUUUAGAUGCCUCAGCAGCUCAUAUUGCAAACUUGUUGUCAACAGAGCCAUCUGAUGUUAAGGUCGGAAUCGGAAGCUUUAGUAUGGGUGCUGCAAUGGCCCUUUACUCUGCAACUGCUUUUGUUGUGGGAAGGUAUGGAAAUGGAAAUCCGUACAACAUCAACCUAAGGGCAAUUGUUGGACUAAGUGGAUGGCUUCCAGGUUCAAGGUACUUAAGGAACAAAAUAGAAGGAUCACAUGAAGCAGCAAGGCGCGCUGCGACAUUGCCGGUCAUGCUUGGCCAUGGAACUUGUGAUGAUGUUGUCCCCUACAAAUAUGGAGAAAUAUCUGCCCAUUCCUUGAGUGCGGCCGGAUUCCGGAACCUCACUUUUAAAAAUUAUGAAGGGAUUGGUCAUUACACUGUCCCUAAAGAGAUGAAUGAUGUCUGCAAUUGGCUGACAGCAAGGCUGGGGCUCGAUGGGUUGCACUAAAUAUAGCAAAGACUCGGUUUUUACGUCGAACUAGCCGAGUAAGGAAGCACGUUGAAGCGAUAAUAGUGAAAAGAGAGAAAACUGCAUAUGUACAAGUAGGUAGUAAACAAAAUGGUUUGUUAGGGUAUAUGGUAUAGUUGAGUAGUCUUCUUAAAUCCCCUUUAGGCAUUUUUACCCAUCCUUAAAAUAAAGUUUCGGGUGCCUUUCUCGGCACUGAUGUAGGGUGUAGAUCGUAAUAGCCUAGCCUGCUGUACUUUCAGAGCAUUUUGGUAUUAGUUAAUAAAACAUACUGAUAUUUGAAACCAGUGGCAUUUGGCUUCUGUCUUCAUUUGUUUUCUUUUCUAGCAUAUCAGCAUCCUGUACUCAUGGAAGCUCUGUCUAGCAGUUAUAGAAUUCGGUUCCGGUGUUGUUGAUGUCGAGUAAUUUAUUACAGUGAAGGCUUCUUGAUGUCU